CCUGCAGGCCGCCAGACCUCCGUCCCUGUGAUACAGAGCUUUACGUACACGGCUUGUUUAUCGUGGUUCUUACGCACAUGUUGUUAAUUUGUUUGUUCGCGGCGCUUUAUAGCAUUUAAACUAAGAUUCAGUUUUAUAUGUUUUUGAUGCAACAUCCGUGUACAGCUGUAAUUUCAGGUCUAAGAAAUAUUAAGCAAUAUAAUGGCUUAGAUGAUUAUUAAUAAACUCAUCGAUGCUGGGAAAGUUUUUGUUGUUCUUCUUUUGGGAGUGAAUUCCUUUGAAAAGCUGUGUUGUGUGUGUGUUUGGGACAUUGUCAGUGCAAAGUGGAUCUGAUCUGACAGCCCUGCUUACCCGGACUUGGCAAGCUGCAGUGUUCUUUUUGUUACUGUAGGCAGUGGACAUCAAUAUACCUUAGGCUGGGGUAAUAAACAUAUGGAGAUCUGUGGACAAGCAUUGAGAAAAUUGAGCAGUGGCUGUCACUACUGAACAAAAUGCUUAAAUUUGUCCUCUAUAUUUUGACUCGGGGUUCACCCCAGUGGGGGAUCUGCGGGACCCCCGACCUCGCAGGAUCUGGUCCAAACGUGCAGAGCUGUCCCUACCGGUGCCCAGAUUUAAGCUGGACGAGUUCUACGUGGGUCCGAUCCCCCUGAAGGAAGUGACCUUCGCGCACCUGAAUGACAACAUCCGGGAGCCCUUCUUGGCGGAGAUGUGCGCCAAAUUUGGCGAGGUGGAAGAGAUGGAGAUUCUGUUCCACCCAAAGACACGCAAGCACUUGGGCCUGGCCCGCGUCCUUUUCACCAGCACCCGGGGUGCGAAGGACACCGUCAAGCACCUGCACAACACUUCUGUGAUGGGCAACAUCGUCCACGCACAGCUGGACAUCCGAGGCCAGCAGAGGAUGAAGUAUUACGACCUGAUAGUGAAUGGUACCUACACCCCCCAGACCGUCCCCACUGGAGGGAAGGCCCUCUCUGAGAAGUGCCCGCCAUCUGCGCCCCCCACCAACCCCGACACGUCUUCUGAUGUCCGGCGCAGGCUCUCCGGCGACUUCAUGGGCUCAAGUGUGCCCCCCCUCACCCCAGGCAGCACCACCCCUUGCUCCGUCGAUACCGGUUUCAGUGAGCCGCGCCUGGACACGCCUCCUUCCUCCCUGGGAGGGCCCUUCACCCCGGGUUCCUCUGCAUCUUCCCAGGGCGGGGGCACGCCCUACACUCCUCGCUCUGGGACUCCCUUCUCCCAGGACUCGGCAUUCAGCAGCAGGCAUGGGAAUCUGGGUUACGGAGGAGCCGGCGGCGCUAUGAGCAGUAGUUACCCUUCUCAGGACAUGUUGCCCUCUUCCUCCUGCUCCUCCUCUGCUGUCUCCUCGUCUUCUUCCAUUGGGGGAUACAAGACCUCCCGCUACCUUGAUGAAAUGCAUGCACCUCCCCAGGAAGGGCCCCCCUUCCACUGGGGUCGCCCCCCUUACCCCCCACCUGUCUCAUACCGCCCCAAUGAGCCGCCUCCUUACCCCGCCUAUCACAAUGCAGGGGGCAGCGGGCAGCAUUUGCACCUCCACCCCCCGCUUCCUCCUCCUCCUCCCACAUCCCAGUACGAGCCCCCCAUGGUCUUGGAGAGGGACAGGGAGCGAGAGAGGGACCGGGACAGAGACAGGGACUCCGUUGGCCGGUUCCCGGCCGGGGUAGGCUCCCGACGCUCCUCUUACCACCAUCAGCCGCCGGAGGCUGGCGUGCCCUCCAAGUCGUCGUCCUAUCAUUCCCAUCACCAUCACCACCACCAUUCAGAGCGCCGGGACGAGAGGGGCUACCGCAGCGGGAGCAGUGGAGGCAGCUCCAGCUCGCGGUCCGGAGACCAUGGCCACCAGAGACACCGGAAUCACCACCAUUCCCACAACCACCAUGGCGGGGGCAGCCGGCGCAGGGGAAGCCGGGACAGGGAGCGGGAUAGAGACAGGGAGCGGGAGCGGGACAGGGAGCGCGAGAGGGAUGGCGAGUUCCCCAGCAGCUCGGACUUGCGCUAUGCCCCCGGGGGCUCCGGCCCCGGCCGUCCGGCCACACCCAUGUCCUCCAACAGCCUGUCCCCGCUCCCCUCUUCUUUCCCCUUCACAUCAAAAGACACGCCACUUCCCGAGCAGGAGCCCAGCUCAGCGUACCGCCCACCGGGGAGGGAGCGCGGAGCAGCCGGUGAUAAGGACUACCGCCAUCAGACCCCCGUCGCACCGCCACCUCCCCCACCACCACCCCCAUUGCCCCCAGCAUCAGUCAUUGCAGCAGCAGUUGCGGAGAGCUACGGCACUACAGGCUAUGAUCAGGAAAGCCCCCCACCUGAGGAGCAAUGGGCCAAGCUGAAGCGUCGGCCCAGCACGCCGCCAUUGCCUCCUCAGACAUCCCUCUCCUCCAAGCCUGUCCCGUCCUCUCCUGCCCAUCCCUCCAUCACCUCCUCCUCCUCGCCAUCCUCUACCUCCGUUCCCCUCCACGGCCCACCGCUGUCUCCCCCCAGUCCCGCCCCUGACCGCAAUUCGUCAUCCCCGGAGCCAGACUCCACCAACGAGAGCCUACCGUUCGUCUACCAUAGCAGCAGCCUGGACUCCCGAAUCGAGAUGCUCCUGAAAGAGCAAAAAGCCAAGUUCUCCUUCCUGGCGUCGGAUGACGAGGAUGAGGAGAAGAGGGACGAGAAGCGUGCCGACGGGGAUGAAGCCCAUGCCAGGGGAGUCCCUGCGGAUGGUUCUGGCGAGGGGGUCUGUGAGGGUGAGGUGAAAGAGGGCGGCGGCGAGGAACGAGACCGGCGCAGGAGGCGCGAUGGGAACAGAGGGCCGGGCGAAGCAGAUGGUGGCCGUGCACGCCGAAAGGCAGAGCGGGAGAGAGAGCGUGAAGGGCGCCGCCGUAGGGCGAGGAAGGAGGGUGGAGGUGAAGGCAGGAGGAGCCCGGCAGUGGCCACCGCCCCCUCUUCCACCUCCUCAGCCCACUCGCCUCCCCCAGAGGCUGCCUCAAGUCAGCCAUGCCCCGACCAAGAAGAGGACCCCAGCUCCGGGUCAGCUGACCCUCGCAAGAGACAUGGAGCACACACGCCCCCCACUCUCAACGGACAGGGCCAGGCUUCUCCCCGCUCCUCUGGUGAGGACAUGGAGAUUUCGGAUGAAGACGAAAAUCCGGCGCCGGCUGGUGCUUCUCACCACGCCGCCCUUCCCUCCUCAUCGUCCUCACCCACCCCCUCGUCUCAGUCUGUCCCACCCUCCCAGACCCCCGACCCCUCGUCUUCUCCCCCUCCCCUUUCUGAAUCCACUCAGCACUUUGGCAACGUCCUGCCCCCACCCAUGCCCUCAUAUCCACCCCACCUGCCCCCGCCGCCGCCACACGGCUUCUCCCUCCAGCCCCCUCCUCCCCCUGGGCUCCCCCCACCCCUAGCGCACAUGGAUCUCCACCCGGAGUUCCCACCUCCCAUCCCCCCGCACAUCUACGACUACAGCCGCUCCAUGGAGCUGAUGAGCCAGUACAGCGGAGGGGCCCCCAUGUCCUUCCAGAUGCAGACACAGAUGCUGAGUCGGCUGCACCAGCUGCGCAUGUCCUCCAGCAAUGGAGCAGCAGCCCCCGGCGAGCCACCCCCGUCAGACUACCCCCCAUCUUACCCGCACGACUUGCCCCACCUGCACUCCCUCCCUUCUCACCCUCCCCCCCCUCACCCGCACCACCCCUACAUGGACCAAGAGGGAAGCGGCGCCCCCUUUGACCAAGACCACCGCUACAUGCCUCCGCCAAUUCCGUACCCAUUUGCCGACCCUCACGCCCCCCAGUUGCCGCCCCCGCCCCACCACGGCCUCCCGCCACCCCCCUCCUCCUGGCCCCCUCACCUGGUCCCCCCUCACUUCCCCUCUUACUUGCACCCACCCCCUGGGGCUCCAGCACCAUCCCACUUUGGCCCGCUGUCACCAUCGGCCAGCCCUUCCUCGUACGCAGCCCAGUUUGGUGCCGUGGGCGGCCCACAGGUGCCUCUGCUCCCGCAGCACCCCCACGAGGCCACCGUGCGUCUGGUCCUGGCCGCGCUCAUCCAGGAGAUGAAGAGCAUUGUACAGAGGGACCUUACCCGCAAGAUGGUGGAGAACAUCGCCUUCGGCACCUUCGACGAGUGGUGGGAGCGCAAGGAGAGGAAGGCCAAGCCUUUCCAAACGACGGUGCGCGGUGUUUCGGCCAGCCGAGGGGACGAGGAGAAAAAGGAGAAGGAGGAGAAGGAGAAGGAGAAGGCCAGCAGUCGGCCGCGUGAGCCCCUGCUCUCCCUGGUGGACUGGGCUAAGAGCGGCGGACUGGAGGGCUUCUCCCUGCGAGGGGCGCUCCGCCUGCCUUCUUUCAAGGUGAAGAGGAAGGAGCCCCUAGAGCUCCAGGAGGGGGUGGACAUGAAGAGGCCCCGCCCAUCCACUCCCCCCGACGAGGAGGACGAGGACUCAUACCAGGAGAAGGGUCCAGACGCCCUGGGUGGGCGCGGCGAGGAGGAUGGCGACCCCAGGGCUGAGCGGCAGGGGCGCAGGGGGCAAAAGAGGAUGAGGAGGCAGAAACAGUUCGAGCUGGACAGCGAGGGAGAGGAGACGUCGGACACCUCUUCCUCCGACAAGGAGGAUGACGAAGAUGAGGAAGACAGCGAUAAGGAGGAUGACUCUGAGGACGAGGCGGUGAGCGGUGACAGUGAUGACGAAAGCGAGUCCUCGUCCUCUUCGGAAAGUGGCUCCUCAUCCUCCUCAUCCUCAUCUUCCUCCUCGGAGGACGAAGAGGAUGAUGAAGAGGAGGCCACGAGGCCGGGGGAGAUUGAGGGAGUGGACACCAUGGAUGAGUCCACUAUGGACAGCGCCAUCUUGGAUGUGGAGCGGGAGGACGAGAGGAUCCGUCUCCAGGGGGCAACCACCAGCGCCGAAGGCAGGAGGGGAUCUGAUCCCAGAGCAGGUCUGUGCGGCGUGUCAGGGAGUGUAAGCAGGAGCAUGAGCAUGACGAGGAAUGUGACACUGCGAUUGACUGGGAGGUGGCGGUGUGACACUGCGAGUGACUGGGAGGUGGCGGUGUGACACUGCGAGUGACUGGGAGGUGGCGGUGUGACACUGCGAGU